GCGCGGGGCGCGGGCGGGAGCCGCUGCGUUUUUCGGGUGGUUGCCGCGGGUGCACCGUGACUGCUGCCAUUGCAAAUAGCUGACAGUUUUUUUCCUACGGUUUUGCUAAGCUUUUUUUGUGCUUUAAGUUCCUUCAGUUAUUAUUAAACUCUGUUUUCUGUAUGUCUUAAUUUGUCAGUAUUUGACAUGCACAUAAGUUUCACUGAAUGCCCUGUGGUUAGGAGCAAGAAGAAAUGUGUCCCCAGUUGUCCUUUCUUAACACCAUUCCUUAUAUUAUCCAAUGGAUUUCUGUCACAUCCGCUCUUACUUCUCUGAGCUCCAGGUUAAAGCGUUUAACCUUUUCACUUCCCCAAUCUUUGUGAUUGCAUUGCUCAUCUCUGGAUACCAUCAGUUUCUUUCAUCUGUUCUUUGAAAUUGGAUGACAAAAGCUGAAUACAGUAUUUCAGCUGGAGAAGAAAUACCAGUUUGGCAUUCUAUUCUCAAUAGUGUUUCGUACCCUGCAUAUUUUUUUACCUUUUUCUUUGUCCUUUUCAGCACUCUGCACUGAAAGUAUCUCAAUAAUUCUUUUUUUGUUAGUCUGGUUGAAGGAAACAAAAUGCUUGUGUUGGUCUGUCUGUCUUUCAGGUUCCCCCUGCUAAUUUUCAAUUCCUUGGCCUACUUCAGCCACAUUUGGCAGUGGGCCAAAAGCUGCAUAAGGUGGCUGCUUUCUGCAUGGUUCAUGAAAAUUGGUGUCUGGGUGAAGGAAGGACAGGAUACCCAGGCUGGGUCCCUUUGGGAGGGAAAGCUGGGACAGCUCGGCUCUCAUCCCUUCCCUCAGGCAACAGCUCCAGCUCAGCGCAGCAGAAGCAGGAGGGGAAAUGGCAAGGCACACCUAAGGUGUAUUGUGGGGCUGGAUCUGGGAGAAAUAUAGGUUUACUCCGGUAGUAAUUACCACUGAGAAAAUGUGUUUAUUAUCAUAGGAUUCUUGGACAAACUGAUACAAAUCCCUCAUUCCCCCCCUCCGUCUUUUUGACCAUUGCAUUGCCCCAUCAUAAUAUUCAAACUUUUUUAUAGAGCUCUACAGAAUAUACAGAAUGCAGUGCAGUUAAAGAAAAAAUGUGUCCAGCUUUAGCGACAUGUUUUGAAAAUGACUUCACGUUUUCCUGCUCGCAGGAGAAACUGCCUUCCUCAUUUCUGGCCUGUGACCCUGAAUUCUGACCUCUCAUAACCUCUCUGUCAGGGUUAAUAUUUCUAAAUAUGUUUUUUCUUGACUGACUGCCAAAUCUUUCGCUGGAACAUGCCUUUACCCUUCAGAAAAGGACACUUUUUUCCAUCCACACAACUUUUCCCAUAGCUUGUUUGUAUUCAUAUUCUUAUUUCAGCAUACCGAGGAUUUCUGAAUCUGUUUGAGGUUCAGCAAAGCUAAUGCAUUUGCACAUAUGAUUACAACAGUGAGUUACAUGGCAGGGUUAACGCCACUUCCGGGUUUAAUGCUACUCAGGCACUUAAUCAUAUUGGUGCCUUCCUUUCUGCACCGUUUGUUCUUUCCUGUGGCUGGUGACAGCAGCAAAGCAGGGUCUCAUCAUGAAGAAGAAAUACAGGUUCCCACUCCAGUCUUACCUAGCAGCGGAAUUUCCAUCCUGUACAAAUCAGCUGGAAGACUGACAGUAACAAUCAAGAUAUAUAAAGCUGGUAAUGUGCGUUUAUGUCAGAUGAUACCUUUCCAGAGUGUAAAAGGAUUGCCUACCUGUGUGAAUAAAUACCAGCUUUUUAAACUUCAUUUAUGAAAACUGAGUGUACUUCAAUAUUUUAAUUUUUUAGGAAUCUUUCAAUUGCCUGGAAUAUGGUGGAAGCAGUAGUGAUUGAUCUGUUCAGCCUGCCAGCAAACUUGCAGAACGACAUCCAAGAUUUACUGUGUAACAUGCUGGGAACUACUGAAGAAUGCCCUUCUGUCACUUCUCCACUGGUUUAUGUCAUGUGCUGCCAGACACAGCAGAGUGAAAGGAAGGAUGAGCAAGAGUCCUUGCUUCCAGCUCUGAGAGACUUUCUGACUCUGAAGAAAAACCUAGAGGUGGUACGUGCUCUGACUACAGCUGCUGCUUUGUACACCAUCAAACAAAGACUAGAUGAAAAAGACUUACACGUCAUUAAAAUUAUUCUACCUGCAUUCAGGAGGGACUUAAUGAAAGUAUAUAUAGACCAUCUCUUUACUGCAGUCUACCAAUUUGAAUUUGAGGAUUUACAGAUGGCAUCUGAUUGUAAUAACCUACUGAUAGCUGAACCUCAUACUGAAGGGCAAACACUUCCUACCCAGGACGUGGAGCUCAUCACAAGGGAGAUUCAGAUGUAUUUGCAAAGCCUGCCAAGCCUGAAAGGGGAGCUCACUAUCCUCAGAUCUUCCCUGAUCCCGGAUGGUAUCUUCCUGCAUGGAUUCAGCACAAGGACAGGUGGGAUCUCCUACAUACCAACUCUAAGCUCCUGCAAUCUCUUCAGCAGUUCCAAACGGAGGGACCCACAAGCCGUGGUUAAAGAAAACCUCCGCAGGCUAGCUAAUGCUGCAGGAUUUAACCCCAAGACAUUUCACAGGGUCAAGACUGAUCAUGGUAAUGCUGUGUAUAUUAUGGGAAAGACAGAGCCUGACAGCUAUGAUGGAAUAGUUACAAAUCAGAAAGGUGUUACAAUAGCAGCUCCAGGGGCUGAUUGCAUACCUGUGCUAUUUGCUGAUCCUGUCAGAAGAGUCUGCGGUGCUGCUCAUUCAGGAUGGAAAGGCACUUUGUUAGGAGUUUCUGUGGCCACAGUAAAUGCUAUGGUAUCUGAAUAUGGCUGUAACGUGAAAGAUAUCCUUGUGGUCCUGGGCCCAUCUGUAGGACCUUGCUGCUAUAAACUUCCUCAAGAAUCAGCUAAAGAAUUUCACAGAAUUGAUCCAAAGUGUGUGAGACUAUUUGACUCUGCAAGUCCUUAUAUCGAUCUUAGAAGAGCAACACGGAUUCUUCUCGAGACCGGUGGGAUUCUUCCUGAGAACAUCCAGGACGAUUCUGUCACAGACCAGAAUCAAAAUAUCACUCUCUGUACUGCAUGCCACCCUGAUAAGUUUUACUCUCACUUUCGUGAUGGCACUAACUUUGGGACACAGAUUGGCUUCAUAUCAAUCAAAGCCUGAGUUAGUAUCUCUUACUCUUGAAUAGUACAGUAUUUGGACAAUAAGUCUGGUGCAGUGCCUGGCAUGCUACUCUCCUAGUAGGUCUCCAUCCUUCCUUUCGUGGACUUUCCAUAAACAAUUCACACGUCUUGGGAUUCUCCUGCUUUCCUUCUCUGCCAUUCUGAAACAAGAAGAAAUACCUAGGGUAUGAGGCCAGUAAUUCUUGUGGGAGAUGAGCCAAAGGGAACAAGGACAACCUCCACCAGUGACAAAGCCCCUCUGAAAUAUCAGAGGCAAGCUCCCAUUGUCUUGCCUUCUUGACCAAAUAUUUCCCAGAAACCUCAGUACCUUAAGAUGGUGAAAGCACAAAAGCCAAAGUCUUCAUUAGCUUCUGAAUAAGUCUUCUGAAUGAAGUUAAUUAUGACAUACUCAUAUAGGAAAGGAAACCUGUAUUGCAUUUUAAUUGUUUGGGAACACUCAACUUUGGUAAUUUCAACUGAAGAUUAGCCAUAUAGAAUGAUGUGCCUGGACUUGUUUUUGUUUUUUGGAUUAGUGUAAAGAAAGCGCUAAAACACUCACAGGGUUUUCCCUAUAGAAAAAUAAGUUAUAUGACUGAGAUGCAAGCAUAUGAACCCUCACCCUUCUGUAUUUUUUUGUUGUAUGAAGAAUAGGACUAAGACUCUUAAUAUGAUAUGACAUCUAUGCUUAUGUUCCUUUAGCGUUUUUCAUUAAACUGUUGUCUCUCAGCUAAUCUCCAUUGAGACUGUCUGAACGGUCCUCAGUUAUUUGGUAAACAUCUUAAAAAGAUUGUGAAUUUAGCCAGAAGAUCAGCUAAUUUUGCUGACCAAUAGCUAACUUACCUGUUUUGCUAACAAAACCCAAAUGUGCCCAGUUUUCUUAUACUCCUAUAGAAAACUUGUCUGUGGACAUUUCCAUAGAUAUGACCAUUCCUGACACAAAAACAGUGGGAACCUUCUUAUAGUUCAGUCCUUUGUUUUCAGAUCUAAAACUGUUGACUGUAGCUUGUAGAGUUCCCAAGCAUGAGUCUUGGGAGGACUGCCUGUAGGCAGUACUUUCUGGUUUUGAACCCAAAGAGCUUUACAAAUUCUAGAGUAUUUUGUCCGCUAGAGGUCAGUACUCACUUACUCUGCACUUCCAUCCCUGCCUGCACUGUGUAGCUGGCUUUUCAAACAGCAUUUUGCGAAGCACUGUACAGUAUACGCUCCUACUUUUGUCAGUGCAAUCAUUUGCCAAGUUAUUCUGGUAUCUGUGCUUGAAGAGUAAUCUGUUUUUCAUUUUGCUGGACUGUGAUUCAGAGCCUUUGCAUCCUUGUCCUGUUGGAGAACAGAUUCUUGUAAAAAUUUUCUUUUAACUGUGAAUGGUGUUUCAGACAAGAGUGAUUCUGAUUAUGUUACCUUGUGAUUAUAGCCAUCUACCAAAAAAUUAAUUCUUCUAAUUCUCCUCUCUCUCUUCUUUAGAAAUAUUAUUUAUUAUUCCUCUUCUGCUGUAGUACUUCAGGCCUUUAAAAUAAAAAUUGUUUCACUUAUCUUUGAAAAA